ACAGGACAGCGCUGGAUUUGCCUUUUGCAGCGGCUCCCUCAUUAACCGUCACUGGGUUGUCACCGCUGCCCACUGUGGCAUCACGACUGCCCACCGUGUGGUCCUGGGUUUAUUUGACCGCUCCUCCACCACCGAGGCCACCCAGAGAAAGACUAUCAGCAAAGUCUUCAGACACCCCCAGUACAGUACAGUGCUGUGACCAUCAUGUAUGACAUCACCCUGUUCAAGCUAUCCAGUCCUGCCACCUACACCGACCGCAUUUCCCCCGUUUGUCUUCCUGCCACCUGUGAUGUCUUCAGUGGAGGAGAAAAGUGCGUCAUCACCGGAUGGGGUUACACCAAUGUUGCCACACAAACCUUGCCAACUAAACUCCAGCAGGCAGCUCUUCCUCUCCUGACCACCACCGAAUGCCAGAAAUACUAG